ACACACACUAUGCUCUGCUAAACGACGCAACCCUACACUAUAAUAGUCAAUACUGCAUAUUCUGCAUAUUAUGGUGAUAGUACAUUGCAGUAGAAACUAGACAACCCACCGUCGUGCGUGACGUGUAGUGUCGGCCUAACCAGUUUUAGUUACGAUUUUAAUCACAAACAACUAGAUGUCUAGAUCCAUUACGGCCAGUUGGGACGGGAAAAAACAAAGAAUUGUAACCUCGUAUCGAAAGUUGUGCCGGAAAAAUUAGUAACAGAUGAUUUUAUGUUGAAAUUAUGGUUAAUUCGUAGUUCAACUCUUUCAUAAAAAGGAUCAUAUUGGAGCCUAAACCUAUUAGGGGUAUUCAAAUGGUUAUCAUGGUAAUUAUCAAACCAAACAAACAGAAAUUCUAUUAACCAUUAAAUACAAUAUCAUAAUCAAACCGUCCAAACUAAUAUAACAAUCAAAUCAACCAAACUAAAGUUCAAUCAGUUUGGUUAACUGGUUAACCAGAUUAACCAAUAUAACAUCACUUAUCAUUAAGUGAGAAAAUUUUCAAUUAAUGCAUCAAUUCACAAUUUAUAUAAUGAAUAAAACAUUACAAUGAACACAAAGUUAUAGUUAAUUAACUCUUACAGAAUUAUAUGCAACUAAUACAAUUAUCUUACGAUCAAUAGAAGUAUUCACGUAACAAAAAAACAUGUAAAUAGUAUGGAGUUAAUUAAUUGUUGUGAUUGUGUUAAUCGAAUUAGUCUCUUAGCAAUUUCAAGUUUUCAUCUAAUAUAUUAUAUGAGUUUUAUCUAAAUUGAACGUUCAUAUAUCAUGGUUUACACUACUACAAAUACAAAUAUUAGUAUAGGAACAAUAUUGAAUUGUAUUGUUGAUGAGACAAAAAAGAAGGAAUGUUUGGCUCUUGAAUGGUUAUGCCAAGUAUUAAGCAUGUGUAUAUAAUAUAUAUUAGAUAUAUAAAUAAUUACUUAACUGAUUAAUUUGAUUUGAUUGGUUAGGAGUGUCUCAAACCAAACCACUUAAAUCAAACAAGCUAAAAAAUUUGACAAGACCAAUCCAAACUAAUCGACAGUAACCAAAUACUAGUAGUUAAAACGGUUGCCAUAAUAAACACAUCGUUUGAACACUCCUAUAUGGUAUGAUUACGAAUAUAGAUCAUAUGGGUCGAUCAAUGUCAAUCCGAACAAGAGUCAGGUUCGGACAGUAUAUAGCUUGGGUUGGGUCACGUGACCUGGAGCCCUUGGCCUUUAGUCCUUUAAUUUGCCUCAGUUAGCCGUCCUGUCUGUAACUGUGGGGCUCCCUCUGCCUUGAUGCCAACAGAUGGCCAUCCUGACAGUAGCCUGCAGCUUAUACCGGCAAUGGGAAAUGGCAAAAAACGGUACCGGUUUAUCUGGGGAGGGAUUUUUUGUCCCCCCAGGGAAAUGGCCAUUCCAAAGAGAACUCCAGGCAACUAGUAGCCACCUGAUCUAUGAAAUGAAAAUGAAAUGCUCUGUUGAUGCAGCAACGAACGCACGAGAUGAGCAUGCAACUUGUGGGGCGCCUGCUUGGAUCGGUAGAGGCCUUACUUGUGUUUGCUUCAACAGGAAAGGGGUCUAUCAACGCAUCUUCAUCAACCUAACUCCUCAACAGGAGGAAAGAGUGAGAAGAUUGAAGCAUCGGAUGAAGGUCCAUUUCGAUACUUCUAGGACCGAUCAUCAGGCAGCUCUAAGAGCACUAUGGUCAGCCACAUAUCCUGACAUAAAGCUAUGUGGAUUAGUAUCCGACCAAUGGAAAGAAAUGGGAUGGCAGGGGAAAGAUCCUUCUACUGAUUUCAGGGGAGCUGGAUUUAUCUCUCUGGAGAACCUAUUGUUCUUCGCCAAGACAUUUUCGAUAUCAUUCCAACGGUUACUGAAAAAGCAAGGAGGGAAGAGGUCAGCCUGGGAGUAUCCAUUUGCUGUUGCAGGUGUAAAUGUGACGUUCAUGAUCAUGCAGAUGCUUGAUCUUGAUAAUACAAAGCCUAGGACAUUUGUGAGAUCAGUUUUCAUGCAGAUGUUAUCAGAAAAUGAGUGGGCAUUCGACUUGCUCUAUUGCGUGGCAUUUGUGAUUAUGGACAAGCAAUGGCUAGAGAGGAAUGCAACUUACAUGGAGUUCAAUGAAGUUUUGAAGUCAACUAGAGCACAGGUGGAAAGAGAGCUUCUAAUGGACGACGUUCUACGAAUCGAAGACAUGCCAUCUUAUACACUUCUUUGUUAGCAGCAGCAACAAAAUAACCAACUGAAGAAACAUCAAUAGUUCGAAGGAUGGUGGAGUAGCACUUACCUCCGAUAUAGUAAUUGGCUAACAUUUUAUUUGUACGAACUCCUUUCCUGUUUCUCGUCUUCUCCAAGAGAGUGUCCUUGCUGACAAAAGAAAUCCUGAUGAGUUCUUUUUGCAUCUGGUGAAUCUAUUGGAUAAUAAUAAUUUGACCCAUGAAUCUAAAGAAGUUUACAAGAUAGCUUGCCUGUAAUUGCCAUUUUGGUAAGCCAACUAAGGACCAAAUAUAAGCAGAACGUUGUCUGGCUUGUUUAGUACUUCAUUCCUCCAUGAUUAUGUGGAUUCUGCAAGUAACAUCAAAGUUUUCUACUUAUACAGAGUUUUAUAUCUUCGGUCUGUAACAAUCCUUGAGCUUGGAGAAAGAACUUGCAAUUCAAGCAACCCGCCAAAAUGCCUGAUUAAAGAACAUGUUCUUGUUAUGAGCCCUUCACAGCACAGGAGCAAAGAUGCAUAACCCUCUGCUGCUCUGCACACCAAAUGAGCGAAGAAGGGCAAAAAUCAUUCUCGAUUCAUAAACUGAACGAGAGCAAAACACUCCAGAUUUACUAGACAGCUUUACUAGACAGGAGGGUUUAUAAAAUAUUUCAAAUGGGUAUAAAACACUCCAGAUUCAUAAACUGGACAAGAGCAAAGCCAUUAGUAGAUAGGAAAAGAUCACAGCUUUAGUGGAGAGGGAUGGAUCAAGAAAAUUUUGUGGAAUAAGAAAAAAGAAUUGGACCAUUUCUUGAUUUAUGCAAAUGGAAUCCUUGUGUAUGGCUCACACCGAUCUUCUCUGUAUCGUUCCAAUAAAAUUGGAUGUCCACGAAGGGACGAUCAAACUACUAACGGUUGGAAGUUAUAAUGGCUAUUAUGGGUGAAAGCACAAUAAAUGUGGCGAAUGGCAAACCCAUAAUUGGGUUCUACAUCCCCCUAAGGCCUAGACUUCAAACAAACCAUCUUGGGCAAUGAAAAGAUUGCAGUAGGCAAGGCUAAAGAAUUUAGUUAAGUGUUCUUCUAUUUUGAGAGAAGAGGUCCUGUGCUGAAACGAAGUUAAAUGCCAGGCACUAUGGCCAGCAGCUCAAUUAUAAUGACAGGUAAUUUAUGAUACACAAUCUAACCAGUACCUUCACACUUAGUGGUACUCUCUAUAGUGAUAGCAGUGGCAUUUCAACCAAGGAUCAACCCAACCAAAGCCAAUGUAAAUGAAUGCAGUAGGGGAGCAAGGGUUAAAGAUUCCGGUUUUACUAACACAUGAGACGAUAUAUUUUUGAAAGAUGCCGAGGCUAUGAUAAUUUAUGUACUUCUAGUGAGUAGUGAGCUGAUGGAUUGCAUUGGAGAGUUUGAAGGAGGAAAGAGUGAGAGGGUGGAAGCGUCAUGAAGGUUCAUUUCGAUACUUUUAGGAGUGAUCACCAGGUGUGUGGAACUUUUCCCUUUACCAUUAACCAUAUGCCAGAACUUGAUACUUAAGCUCUUAUCAACUUUUCUUCUAAAGGUGGGAAUUUUGAUGAAACAGGAAACACCAAGAGCACUAUUGUUAGCCACAUCCUGACAUAAAGCUAUGUGGACUGAUAUCUGAUCAAUGGAAGGAAAAUGGAAGGCAGUGGAAAGAUCCUUCACUCCUUCUACUGAUUUAAGGUUGAUUUAGUCCUCACAAUUCAUGUUAUGGUCAAACUACAGCAUUCCUGGAUAACUCAUCACCGGGUGGAUGUUUCUACACAUUUUCAACAGGGGAGCAGGUUUUAUUUCAUUGGAGUACCUGUUUUCCUUCGCCAAGACAGUUUUGGUAUGAGCCAUCCUAAUCCUAAACUUAAUCUCAGUCUACACAGACCAAACCUGUGGCACUAAAAUUGCAGAACCCUG